AUGGAGGCGAAAGAGAAGUUGAAGCAGACGCAGGAUCUCCUCUCCAAAGAGCAAAUGGAGAGGGCUCGUGUAGAGAGCCUCAUUUCUAAGGCCGAACGGCAUCUCCAACAGGCCAAGGUAGACAUCGCUGAGGCAAAUAAGCGGGUGGCCGAGGUAGAGAAGAGGGCCAAAGAGGCAGCUAAAAGGGCUGCGGAGGCCGAACAUAAGGCAACCAAUGCUGAGAAGAGGGCCCAAGAGGUGGGGAAACGAUCCGAUGAGUUGGCCGAUCUCACUUCUGGGGCUUACUUGGAUGGAAUUGAUGACACCAAGAAGUUACUUGUGGUGGUGCUUCUAGACUUUGAUGUCGAAUCUUUAAAGGUGAUCCCUAACUCUCUCGAAGAGGCUGCUGAUUCUACACUUCCUCCUUCGACUGGGUCCUUGCCCCUCCAAGAGAAAAAUCACAGCAUGAGAUAA